UUUGAGAAGGAGCACUUUAACUUUCGUUUACAAGCUAAACAAACACAACCAACAUUAGCAGAAAUGACUAAAGUAGCUAUUCAAGUACUAUCCAAAAACAAAAAUGGUUUUUUCUUGUUCGUUGAAGGUGGAUUAAUUGAUUGGGCUCAUCAUGCCACAAAGGCUAGAUUAGCCUUAGAUGAAACUGUUGAAUUUUCUAAAGCUGUGCAGCAAGCAGUUGAUUUAACCAAAGAGAAAGACACAUUGAUUAUAGUGACUUCAGAUCAUGCUCAUACUGUUUCCAUGGCUGGAUAUCCAGACAGGGGUAACGAUAUUUUGGGUUUUGCAGAUACAUCGUCAAUUGAUAAACGGCCAUACACAACAAUUAGUUAUGCUAAUGGUCCUAAGUAUAAUGUAGACACUUCGGACUGCUCAAGAAAAAAUUUGUCUGAAACUGAACUAUCUGAUCCAAACUUUCAAUACCCACAUCUUGUUCCAUUAAAAGAUGAAACCCACAGCGGUGAAGACGUGAUGGUGUUUGCAAAAGGACCUUGGGCUCAUUUAUUCUCCGGUAACUACGAACAAAAUGUGAUACCAAUAACAAUGGGUUUUGCUGCUGGUAUAGGACCUUCCGGUGACUCUAAUCCAGCAUUGAAAAGCGAUGGAUAUUCUACUACUUUGUACUCCUACUUUUAUUCUUUAACAUCUUUAUCAAUGAUCAUUGCGUAUUAUUUUAGAUAAAUAAUACAUACUGUAUUUUAGAAUCGUUAUGUUUUUUUAGUCUUAUGUAUUUCGACCGUAAAUAUUUAAAUUUUAUGUAU